CCCCUCCUACUCCUCCUCCUUCUCGCCGAGCUCCGACAUCCUCAGCCCGCCGCCGUCUCCUCCGCCGCCUUCUGACGAUCCUUCUCUCGUUUCAAACUUCUCGUUGAGAACUUGAGAACGCUCCGAAUCCGAGCAAUCCGAGGUCUUGGUUAGCGUUUAAUGUGGAAAGAAACUGAGAUGAGUUAUGGGUUGCUAUUUUUGGUUGGUUGCUUCUUAUUUUGUUUAUUCUGUGGUUUGGUGUUUAGGGAUUGGGUUUCGGGGGGUUUCGGCCAUGGCGAUGUCUCUCGACAACAUUCGGGGCUUGGUCUUGGCCCUCUCCUCGAGUGCUUUUAUUGGUUCGAGCUUUAUAUUUAAGAAGAAAGGGUUGAAGAAGGCCGGGGCUACUGGAGUCAGAGCAGGAUCUGGAGGGUUCUCAUACUUGUAUGAACCUCUGUGGUGGUUUGGAAUGAUCACUAUGAUUGGUGGUGAGAUAGCUAAUUUUGCUGCCUAUGCAUUUGCUCCAGCAAUACUUGUAACUCCUUUGGGAGCUCUGAGCAUUAUUGUCAGUGCAGUGCUAGCACAUUUUGUUUUGGAUGAGAAAUUGCACAUUUUUGGUAUCCUUGGCUGCAUUCUUUGUGUCAUGGGUUCAACAACUAUUGUUUUGCAUGCCCCAAAAGAGAAGGAUAUUGAAUCAGUGAAGGAGGUGUGGAGCCUUGCUACUGAACCAGGUUUCAUUGUCUACACUUGCGUGGUCGUUUUCCUAGUUAUUUUCCUAAUCAUCCAGUUAGCUCCACGUUAUGGUGACACACAUAUGGUUGUAUAUAUUGGAAUUUGCUCACUGAUGGGUUCCCUUACGGUAAUGAGUGUGAAAGCAUUGGGCAUUGCCAUAAAGCUAACAUUUACAGGAAAAAAUCAAUUUAUCUAUGCUCAGACUUGGCUUUUUGCUGCAGUUGUAGUCAUAUGUUGUCUCAUGCAGUUGAACUACCUAAACAAGGCAUUGGACAUAUUCAAUACUGCAGUGGUUUCUCCUGUCUACUAUGUGAUGUUCACCACUUUAACUAUCUUUGCUAGCAUGAUCAUGUUCAAGGACUGGGACUCGCAGAAUGCAACACAGAUUGCAACGGAGCUGUGUGGUUUUGUUACUAUUCUGUCAGGUACUUUCCUACUGCACAAGACAAAGGAUAUGGGCAACUCUGUCACCAUGGAGCCAACUAGGUUGGCUGAAUUGGAACUUCAAAACCAGUAAACAUCUAUGCCAUCAUGCUUCUAAGAUUGUUGCUAUUCACCAAGUCUUACCUUUUGGGCGUAUUCUUUGGGAUCUUUGGCAUCCCAAUGCUCAUGCCUACCAGUAUACACAACUCCCUGCAUGGACUUUGAUCUUAAAAGUGCUAAGAGCCUCAGAUGCUUACAUUCAAAAUAAUAAUGGGGUUCAUACUUGGCUGGUAGAUGCACUUUGAGGCCAGACUUUCUCUUCAGGGAUCUUGACAUGCUUUUAUUGUUUUCAAGAACCAUGAGGCAAAAGUCAGAUUUCUUGAGGAGAGUUUAUUUUGAUCGCGCGCUGUGCUAUGAUGGAUAGACAAUUCUAUUCUACUAAAAAAAAACAAAGAAGAAAAGAUGAUGUACAUAUGACCUUUUUCUUUCUUUCUUUCUUUUUUCUGUGAUGAUGAAAUGCUUGCUUCCCCCUUGCAUCAUAGAAGAGCUGCUUUAU